AUGGGAGCCGAGAGCUAUUUAUCUUUUCGAGCUCACACGGCCGACCCCACUGACUUCAUCCAAGCGCCGACACCGAUUCGCUCUGAUCGGGCUCUUCAUGACAAAGCCUAUGCAAGCGGUCAGACUGGCAAAAGGACCAAAAAUAUGCCCAAAUCGAUACUUUGGCGGUUCAGCCGAGAGGCAAUAAUGACGGAGGCGUCGUUCAGCCGUUGCAAGGCUUACAUUAAGGUGUGGCAGGAGCUAGCGGCAACUCUAACUCGCUCAAGACGUUAA